UAUAUCAGAUGAUGUAUAAAGGGAAACCAGGUGGAAGUUGAUCUUUAAUAGUGCUUUGUCAGUCUUUUUUUUUUUAAAAGAGUGCCAUAUUGUGUGUUUCUUUUACUUGGAAUUUUGAAAUAGAAUAUAUUAUAUUUUAUUUAAACAGAGUAAGGUUAUCGUGAGUACAGAGUAAAAUUACUUCUAACGUAUUGUUUAUUUGUUGACUAGUACUAGAACAAUUAAGAUAGACUGGUCUACCUUGUUAUAUAUCUAAGCUCGCUGUGUGGUCUGUGAAAGAAUUCACACAUUAAACAACUUUAUCAGACACUUUACUAAAUUCGCCAUGUACACAUCCGUUUACUUAGGAUUUGUGACGUUUGUAAUUUUGAUGCGAUGCAAUGGACAAUUUUUUCCGACAUUAAAGCCUUCACCAAGAGCAGGAGUCAUUGCUGGGAACGAUCUUCAACUUAUUUGUUCAUACGACGGAAUCGAAAAUGUCACAAUUUGUACUUGGAAAAUAGAUGGAGGUUCGGUAGGGAUUUUGAGACUCUUGGACACAGGAUGCAUAGUAUACCAAUCGCUGGCAAACACUACCCUUUACAAUGCAACCUGUCUUGGCAACAACAUGUUUAGCGUUGUUCUGAAACAUGUCAAGAAGGAAUAUCAUGGAAUGAGAUGGGACUGUGAAAUGAGAAUCGGAGGAUCUUAUUAUAAGAGCAACACUUCGGAAAUUUAUGUUGCUGUCCCUGUUGCUUCUGUGACCUUUGAACCGCCAUCAUCACAACAUAUUACCCUUAAUGAAAACUCGACCUAUAAGGCGCAAUGUCGAACAACACCAGCAAGACCACUGGCUGUGAUUUCUUGGCGAAACGAUUCUAAAACCCAUGAUCUCUUAGACGAUGACAAGGACGUCAUUGCUGAAGUAACACAUACAACUGAGAAAAACGGAACCAUAGUUACUACCAUUUCAACGGUUAAAGGUAGAGUGGGUAUUUUUGAUAACGGAAUAUCACUCUACUGCACAGCCAGCAAUGUUGGUGGAAUACACGUUAUAUCUUCACAAAGAAUCUACAUUGGAGUUGAAUAUUCCCCGAGGCCGAUUCUUCCUUUGUCGACUACAGUUAACUAUGUCGUUGGACGAACGCAAAGAGCAUUGCUGCAUCUAGGAGUUUUAGCCAAUCCUACUCCGACAUUUCACUGGUAUAAAAAGAACCAAUGUGACCAUGGUUGGAGAAGCAUUGAAUCUAUGGAUGGUGUGCAGAUCACUGCAACCCGUGGUCUAAACACCAGCUUAGUUAUACCGUAUGUGAGCUUGAAGGACUAUGGAAUGUACAAAGUGGAAGCUGGCAAUGGCAUCAGCGAACCGUACAUUCAACUUUUCACAGUAAUAAAACCAGUCACAGAUAAGCCUGAUACGCCACUUAAGUUCCUUUGUUUAAACGACAGUGUAACUUCGAACAGUGCAAUAUUGUUUUGGCAGUCAGGUGACGACGGAGGGGAAAGACCGACAUAUCUUCUUGAACUAUUGACGGCUGAUAUUACAACAUCAAUCUUGUAUACACCGGAAGAUGUUGACGAUCAGUACAUGUUCUACACCCUUUCUGAACUAAAUUCUGAUACAUCUUACGCUGUUAAACUAAUUGCCACCAACAGUGCUGGAAGCUCGAACCCGCUAUCAGUAUGGUUUACGACUCGUUCUAGUGAAGAAAAACCCGUGAGUACGGCGCUUACAGUGACUUCUAGUGUGCUUGGCUCAGCUGUGUUCAUCCUCAUAGUGGUUCUGCUGCUUUUAUGUUUUCGCAAACGCGCGAAUGUGUUAACAUCCAAAGGCACAGAAGACAUGAAGUUGGACCCGUUGCAAACUCAACGAGAAGCCUCAUACACGGACCUUACUCGACCCUCUCCAGAUCAAGAUAAUCAGUAUGAUACAAUCAACGCUGCUAGUACCAUGUGAUGAUGGUCAGUUUUCAGCAAGACCAGUUUUUUAUACCAUACUGUGGGGUCAGACGACAUGUAUCUACUUCCAGAAUCUGUCCGAUAGUUCACCGUAAAUCAUACACUUCCGAAGAGCAAUGUCGGAAAAUAGCUCAUUGAGCUAAUGUUUCUUGAAUAACACAUACCCGACUUUGAAUAAAGAUUCUUGUAACCUGUAUCCUGUAUGAAUCUUAUCAAUUAAAGAAAAGAAAAAAAAUAUGCAUAGCAUCAAAUCGGCGCAAUGGAAUAAGAAAAACUGGCAUGUAGAUAACCAAAAAAAGGUUAUUAGUCGGCGCCAACUAUAUUUGAUAUUGCUCCAACUAAGGGACCAGUUCAUAAAUUGCAGAAAAAUGCUUUCGAUAUUUUCCACGUCAGUUGCACGAUAAAAUGUGAAGUUCAAUGUGUUUUAUAAGAAAAAUACACUUUAAUUGAUAAUGAAACCUUAAAUAAUAAUAGCCCUGGUUAUCAUUUUUUUUUAAUUUUGAUUUUAACUACCAACUUUCCCCCAAAUAGGUGAAGGUUACUCGGUACUAUUACAAUAUCCUUUAUAUUUUUAAAAGCUCCUACGCAGUAAUCUCCCUUUGCGAGCAGCAAAAAAGCGAGUUUAGAAAAAUUAACAUUGAGCUGAAAUGUUUG